AUGUCAUUGCGGGCGGCUCCGGGACGCCGCAUCAGUCGCCUCGAGGGGCCAUUCAUCCACCAGUGCGGGAGAGAUCGUGCCUCUGCCGAUGCGCUGCCCGACAUUCUCGCCCGCCCCAGGACACAUGACGCGCAGGAAACAGAGCCGGGGGAGCAGAAGGGGGAGCCGAACCCGCCCCUCGUUUCCGCCCGCGGCCGGACCACCACGCAUGGGGCGGGCUUCGGUGGUCGUGCGGCCAAGCAAAGCUGUUGCACCCCCGCUUUCCACCACCACCACCACCCCUGCCCUGCCACACAUCUCCAGUCAGGGUUGCGCUGCAUGGAAGGGUUUCUCGGAAGAGGCUUCCAGGGUUCUCGCUACUGGGGGGGAGGAGGGGGGGAGGGUCUCGGGCACGCAGCGCAGCAUGCCCGACGUGCAGCUGUGGACCAGAUCUCCUACCCUUCCGAGAUCGCGCUGACCUGA